GUGAAACAGGUACAAUCACGUCUUUCCAGGGACACACGAAUGAAGUGAAUGCCAUUAAAUGGGAUCCCCAAGGCCAGCUGUUAGCUUCGUGUUCCGACGACAUGACAUUAAAGAUUUGGUCAAUGAAACAGGAGACAUGCGUACACGAUCUGCAGGCUCAUUCAAAGGAAAUUUACACAAUCAAAUGGUCACCAACGGGACCAGGCACAUCCAAUCCCAAUAUGAAUCUGAUUCUGGCUAGUGCGUCAUUCGAUUCGACAGUACGACUGUGGGAUGUAGAACGUGGCGCCUGCAUACACACGCUAACCAAGCAUACCGAACCGGUAUAUUCGGUUGCCUUUAGUCCAGAUGGCAAAUACUUGGCAUCGGGUAGCUUUGACAAAUGUGUGCACAUUUGGAGCACCCAAAGUGGGCAGCUGGUGCACAGUUACAAAGGAACUGGAGGAAUAUUCGAAGUUUGCUGGAAUUCACGCGGCAGCAAAGUUGGUGCUAGUGCUUCAGAUGGAAGUGUUUUCGUUUUGGAUUUGAGAAAAUUAUAACAACAAUCGUGCGGCGUUUAAAGACGAUCGUUUGGCAGUGUGCUGCGACAACAUCGCUCAUUACUUUUUAGUGUAUAUCGUCAUCACAGCCAAUGUGUAGUGUAACCGGCGUCAUUAUUAUUUUAUAUAUAUUGUGUACCGCUACACAGCAGUGACUGUAACUCUUCGUAUUCUUUUUCUUAUUAAACAAAAAUAAAAUUUUAUUUCACAUCA